UUCUUUCCAGUAAUGAAUAAGGUACAGGUUACAGAAUGCUCAAAGGAGAAUUUUCUUUCGUGUUUCUACGCAUCUCGCGAGCCCUACGUCCUCAAAGGACUGGAUAUUGGUCCUGCUCCUGAUUUAUGGACGGGAGAAUAUCUUAUGGAUAAACUGGGUCAGGAUGACAAAGAGCCCGUCAGGGUCCACGUGUGUCCUCAUAGACACAUGGACUUCAUUAACAAGAAUUUCCUGUACAGAACACUUCCAUUUAAGGAUUUUAUCAAACGAGCUCAGCUCAAUCGGCAGACGGAAUUUUUCAUCAGUUCGGACGAGAGGUACUACCUUCGUGCUUUGGGUGGCGACCCGAGAAAAGAACCUGCUGAUUUUAUCCGUCAAUAUCCUGAACUGGCAGGUGAUCUUAAACUUCCUAUGUUCUUUGGACCGGAGAAGGUUUUCUCUAGCGUUCUGAGAAUCAGCUCACCUGAUGCUCAGUUAUGGACUCACUAUGAUGUAAUGGACAAUUUUCUUGUUCAAAUAAAAGGAAAGAAGAGAGUUGUGCUCUUUCAUCCAAGAGAUGCUCUUAACCUUUACCUUGUUGGUGAUAAGUCUUCUGUACUGGACAUUGAUGCUCCUGAUUUGACCAAGUAUCCAUUAUUUGAUAAAGCUGAACGUUAUGAGUGCUACCUGUAUCCUGGUGACGUACUCUUUAUACCUUCUCUCUGGUUUCAUAAUGUUUUAAUGUAUGACUUUAGUGUCGCCGUGAAUGUGUUUUGGAAGCAUUUGGAGGCUCAGUUCUACGAUGCUAAAGAUCCUUAUGGCAACAAGGACCCUCCUCAGGUGCAGAGAGCCUUGCAGACGCUAGACAGAGCCAUGAAGCAUCUUGAAGAACUACCAAACGAUUUCUAUAAAGACUUUUAUGCCAAAUGUAUGAUAAAUAGACUUCAAAGCAAAUUUAUUUUGCAGCAAUAAAAUUAAUUAAA